AUUGGUUGGAUUGGUUUAAGGGAGGAUAAAACGAGUCCACUAUCUCUCUUGUUUUUUUCCCUGCCAUGACUACUGGUUUAAAGCUGGUCGCCUCAUGUCUCCUCCUCCUCCUCCUCCUCCUCACAUUCACCUCUCUGAGCUGAACACCAGCCAACGCUUCAGAGCACUCCUGCCCUGGGUGCGAGUCUCAUGCCCGGGAAACGAAACAAAAACAAGGGCUUCACCUGAAAAGAGGAGCGAAGGACAGAAGAGCCGAAGAGGGCAACCCGCCGUCUCGUUUCAUCGAUGAUCACAUCUUCCCUCCAGACGAGGAGCUCUGCUUUUAAGGGAAAAAUAACCUCCGACUGUUUUGUCACGGAGGACAAAGAGCGGAGCAAUGAACGAGUCAUUGGUGAACGACUCAUUUGCGACUCCCUCGGCUGGAGAGUCUCUCCCGUGGAUGGAGGCUGAGUCGUUCAACCACAACGGCAGCUUGGAGUUCUCCACCGCGCCGUUUGAAUUUCCCAUCAACCCGUGGGACAUCAUGUUGUGCAUGUCCGGCACCGUCAUUGCCUGUGAAAAUGCCAUAGUGGUAGCCAUCAUCUUCUACACGCCCACUUUAAGGACUCCCAUGUUUGUGCUGAUCGGGAGCCUGGCCACGGCAGACCUGCUGGCCGGCAUGGGAUUAAUCCUGAACUUUGUGUUCCAGUACGUCAUCUCCUCAGAGACCAUCAGCCUCAUCACAGUGGGCUUUUUGGUGGCGUCCUUCACCGCGUCCAUCAGCAGCCUUUUGGCCAUCACCGUGGACCGUUACUUCUCCCUCUACAAUGCCCUGACGUACUUCUCGGAGAAGACGCUGCGGUACGUGCACCUCAUGCUGAUUGGGACCUGGGGGGUGUCUCUGUUGCUGGGCCUGCUGCCGGUGCUCGGCUGGAACUGCCUGCAUGAGCCGGCCUCCUGCAGCAUAGUCCGCCCUCUGACCCGGCGCAAUGUCAUGCUCCUGGCCAUCUCCUUCUUCACCAUCUUCGUGCUCAUGCUGACCCUCUACUUUAAGAUCUGCAAGAUCGUGUGCCACCACGCACACCAGAUCGCCCUCCAGCAGCACUUCUUUGCCACCUCACAUUAUGUGGCCACCAAGAAAGGCGUGUCCACGUUAGCGAUCAUCUUGGGGACUUUUGGCGCCAGCUGGCUCCCUUUCGCCAUCUACUGUCUGGUGGGUGAAAAGGAGUAUCCGUCAGUGUACACAUAUGCUACGCUGCUGCCUGCGACCUACAACUCCAUGAUCAACCCCAUCAUCUACGCUUACAGAAACACCGAGAUCCAGCGCUCCAUCUACAUGCUUCUCUGUGGCUGCUUUCAGACCAACAGGGCAUACCGCUCCAGGUCGCCGAGCGAGGUCUAAAACAAAGCUCCUUACAUGUGUGUGUUUAUGUGUGUGUGGGUUCGGCUUUGGUGAUAUUUGGGGGCAAUUUUAAGACAAAAAUCCUA